AUGGCCGACGUACUAGAUGACUCGGCCGGCGGCGGCGACGCUGCCUCCCAGCGCCGAUCCGGACGCGUCGUGCGGGCUCCUGCUCGUUUCCUUCCAGAGGUCGUCGAGGGGCGCAAACGCCCAGGUGACGAUGGUGGCCAUGACGACGACGACGACGUAGACGACGUGGAUGCCGAAGACGGCGACGAUGAUGACGGCGAAGACGGCGAGGCCAAUCCCCGACGCGUCCGGCCAAAGCGCAAGGCCAAUGGAGCGUCAACCGCAGGACGCGCAAUCAAGAAGCCCAAGCUCAACGGUGCCGGCAAUCAUGCCGCCAGCCUACCGAGCCGUCCGAAGAAGUCGGUGCGCGUGACGAUUGAGACCGACGCCGACCAUGAUAGCGCGCUGUACGCCGACAUUUUCUCUUCUGGUGACGAUAGCGACGACGUGGCUGGCCGCUGGUACGAGCGGUAUCAGACCAACAACCAGGCCGCCGUGGCGGACCUGGUCAACUGCAUUCUCUCGGCAGCCGGCUGCGACUACCACGUAACGGAAGACGACAUCAACGACCCAGACAACUGCUCGAACCGUCUGACAGAGCUGCAGGGCAUCUACGAAGAUCAAAAAAUCACCGACUAUCCGCUCAUCGCCAAGUCGCGGACGACGCGGUCAUUCCGCGAACUGCUCGUACAGUUCUUCCACUCUUUCAUCAGCGUCCUCCACGAGACCGAGAUGCUCUACACACAACCCGAGAUUAUGGAAAACGUCGUGCGCUGGGUCGCAUCCUUGUCCUCCUCCACCCUCCGGCCUUUCCGUCACACCGCGACUACCGUGGCCCUCGCCAUGCUGGCUGCACUCGUUACGGUAGCUAGGAAGCUGGACGAUCGCAUCAACAAAUUGACCCAGCAAGUCGAGAACCAGCGGAGCCGCAACGGCAAGUCCAAGAGCAAGGAUCCGCGUCUUGUUUCCUUGGAGAACACCCUGCGCGAGGCUGGGGGCAACCGUGAGCGCGCCGCCGAGCUGAUGAAGGAGUUCUUCGACACGGUUUUUGUUCACCGCUACCGCGACGUCGACCCGCGCAUCCGCACAGAGUGUGUCGAGGCUCUCGGCUCCUGGGUCUGGGCGCUGCCGGCCGUCUACAUGCAGCCCGAGUACCUGCGGUACCUUGGCUGGAUGCUCUCCGACAGCUACCCGGCCACACGCCAGGAGGUCCUGAAGCAGCUCGCACGCGUCUUCAAGCGCGAUGCCAGCAAGAUGGGCCACUUUAUCGACCGUUUCCGCGCGCGCCUCAUUGAGAUGGCAACAAAAGAUGCCGACAUCAGUGUCCGUGUCUCUGCCAUUGCCGUCGUGGAGCAGCUUCGCCCAGCUGGUCUGUUGGAACCCGACGAGAUCGACUCCAUCGGCCAGCUCAUCUUUGACGCCGAGAUCCGUAUACGGAGGGCUGCCGUCAACUUUUUCGCCGACUGUGUCCGUGAGUUCGCCUCCAUCAAGCUCGACGAGGUCGGUGGCGAAGAGGUCAUGUACGAGCUGUUCGGCAAGGGCCAGAGCAAGACGGGCGACUUUGAUGCGCCACGGCGCGACUGGAUCAACGUCAAGAGCUUGGCCAACACCGUGUCGGCCUACGAAACUCAACUCGGCGCACAGAGGACAGAGCCGACGGUGUCCAGCUUGGACGUGACUGCCGAGGUCGCCAGCGCCGUCGUGCCCGAGACGAGCCGGCUGGCCCUCGCCACGCAGGUCCUCGUGGACAAGAUUCCCGAGAUCACCAACUGGGAGAUCUUGGCCGGCUAUCUGCUGUACGACCACAGCGUGGACCAGGUCAAGGGCCGUGGCGGCCGCAAGCAGACACGCACAGCCGACGCGACAUUCCGCGUUGCCGUUGCACCUGGGGACAACGAGGAGGCCAUCCUGCUCGAGAUCCUCGCAGCGGCAGCCAAGGCCAGCCUGGCCCCGGGCGGCGAGAGUGAGCGAUUCAAGAAGCGCUUUGGCCGGCCCGAUGCUGCUCCCGCGUCGGCGGCCACGGGCGCGCUGUCCGCGGCCGAAUCCUCCGAAGCGGCUGCCCUUCAGCUGGCCACACUCAUCCCGCAGCUGCUGCGCAAGUUUGGCGCCGAGCCUGCGACUGCGGUGACCGUGCUGCGUCUCCAGCAUUCUCUCAAUCUGGAGGUCUUCCGUCAACUGCGGCAAGACACCGCCACGUUUGAGGGUCUGUUGGACGAGAUUUGCACGCAGUUUACCCGGCAUGCCGAUACCGCAGUUGUGGCCGAGGCGGCCGCCGCGCUGCUCCAUGCGCGCCAGUACGAAGAGCUCGAGGAAGUUGUCGACAGCCGGGUGUCCUCGCUCUGGGAGACGACCAUCAACUCGCUGCGCAACUUUGACCGGACAUGCGAGUUGUCGGCGCGCCGCAGCCUGAGCCCCGCGCUGGCCUCCCAGCUGUCGGUUACCCUCUUCAAGAUCAACAAGCUGGCUGCCAUCUCCGACUCGGUCGACAUCCUCGAGGCAAGGGGCACGGCCAACGCCGAGUCCGAGUCGCCUGCUAUUGAGAUCCUCGUCAAGACGGUCCACCGCGGCAAGUUUGAGGAGCCGGACGAGGACCUCGACAACAUUGAGGAUGGCCUUACGGCCAACGCCAUUGGCGCGUGCCAGUUCUACUUUAUGUGGAAGAUGCGCUCGCUUGUUCUCGCUGUGAACGCCAAGGCCGAGAUCUCCAAUCCGGUUAUUGACAACCUGGCCAUUCUGAAGCGGGCUUUCGACCAGAACGUCGUCCACACCUUCUCGUCUCGCGGCUACAACGACGAUCUGCGGUUGUACGCCACGGGUGCCUACUGCGACCUGCACGUGCUUUUCGCCCAGCUGCGCAAGAACCUGGACCGCCCGGCCGUCAUGGCGCGGUAUGUCAGCCUUGGUCGCCUCAUUGACCAGGUGCCUCCCGGCCUGAUCGGCGAGCUCGUGUCCAUCUUCGACGCCGCCGAACGCAGCUUUGCCAAGAAGGCCAAGAAGACGCUCAACGACCCGGCCGACGACGAAGACCCGGUUGAGGACCCGCUGGACGAAGAUGAUGACGACGACGACGACGACGAGGACACUUCCAUCGAGGAGCGCCGGGCUGCUGAACUCAAGGCUGAGCGCGCGCUGUGCGACCUGACGAGCCACUACGUCAUGGCUAUCGUCGCACGCGUGCUCGACCACUCGGGCCCCUUUGCCGGCAAGCUGAAGCGGCGGCUGCUGCGCAACCAGACCAAGCUUGGCCACAGCUACAAGGAGAUUGUCGCGUUCCUUGACGAGAACAAGGCCGGCGAGCUGUUGGUGGCCAACAGCCGCAAGAAGGGCGGCCACGCGGCCCGAGGCGGCACCACCAAAGGCAAGGUGGCCGCCGCGGCGUCGGAUCGGCCAGGAACUGCCGAUGCCGGCGGCGCCCUGUCAGCGCCGACGCCUGGCGCGACACACGAAGAGGUGCUGCUGGGAGCACCGACGCCGGCCGCCGAUCUGGACGACGACGAGCUGGACGAUCUGCUGGACACGCCCGAGCCAGAGGAGGGCACGGUGGAGGAUCUGCGGCGGAGGGAGCUGAUCGACCAAGGCCUGGACGACGAAGAGGAGGAGGACGACGACAAGGCAGAAGGCAUGGAUGAGGAUGAAGAUAUCCUUGGCGACUGA